AGGUCACCAUGACAUCCAUGGGUCUGAUAACAAUGAUGGUGGCUGUGUCCUUCGUCAACUCUGCAGCGCCACUCUUGGGUACCAGCGACAGCAGAAUUCGCUCCAACACACUAGAGAAAGCACGGCCAUCUCGUUACAGUAAUCUGAUAUCUUCCAAGUACAGUAGCAACAUCGGCCGCUCCUGGUCGGGUGACCUUGAUAGCAUGAAGCGGAGUUGGAGUGGAACCACUCCUCCUAAGCCUCCUCCUUCCAGGCAUAUGUUCGGGAGCUUAGAUUUGUCAUUACUGGAGGGGGAGGGGUCACAGAUUAGCUUUAAAUCAACAGGUUCGUUAAUUAAUGUAUAUCUUUAUCAUUUUACUUGGAUUCUUUGGAAGCAACAGAACAGCCACAAAAGAUAAUGUCUGUUUACGGAGUUGAUCUCCUUGCUCAUAAGGAAACGAUAGAAAAGAAAGGAGACAAGUGUUCCUUAACACUCGUGACUGGGCUAAAAUUUAACAUAACAUACACCCUGAAACGUUGCACUAGAAGUCACAUCUACUUAGACCUGUACAAUAAACUACAAAUGAAGACAUCUUCACUGUACGAGAAUCUCAACAUCGUUCACGGGGAAUCGUCAAGAGGAUGGUGUAAGCACAGCGGCACCAAACUAGAGGAGUCAAAAGAAAAUCUCUACCGUAGAGAGAACUAUUCUUAUCCCAAAGAGGAUGCAGCUGGAAAUGACAAUAUUGAAAGUGUAAAGAAUAAAUGUCUCACCGAGUUCAUUGAGGGUGAAUUAUGCAGAGGGAUAACUUUGAUGAAAAACGGAGAAUACUCACUCCGAGUGGGGGACUUUCCGAUACUGUCAUUUGACGACGAUGCCAGCUAUAUCAACGGCCCUUGUUUAGAUACAGGACGGUCUCCAAUACCACUUUUACCAGUUUUGGAGUUCCACAAGGUUGAUGUGAGCGUCAAGAUUUCUCAUAUCAAUAUAGAUCCUUUGAAGGACUUUGCUGAUCCUGAACAUACGAAUUUGGAAGUUCAACGACGUUGGAGAAGGUACGAACUCGGAAACAUAGAAUCUGGGCAGCUAGUUAACUUCAAAGAUAUCACAUACAAUGUUGAUUUUGACAUGGAGAACUUACGUAAUUUGGAGAAGACUAAGAGUAUGUAUAUGCCGCUGAGUGUGUCUUAUAGCAAUAGCAUGAGCCUGUCUGACUACUCCUCGUCAGAUGCUAUCCAACUGAAUCGAUACUCAAAUGUUGCCAUAAGCGAGGGAAUGUUUAUUCAAGAGGAAUUUAAUUCUAAAACCAACAGUAAAGGAAAAUUCUUCAAAUUGAGCGAUGGCGAUGCAGGCGGACCUGUGAAUUUUGCGGCAAAUUUUGUGUGGAACGAUGGAAUGAUGAUUCGUGUCGAAUUGAGAUACUGCAUCAACGAUAAAUCGGUGGAGGAAUCAGCAACGAGUGAAAUUGAACAAUGUCUUAAGAAUGAAAAUUGUUGCGGUCUUGACAACGAUAAACUAGUGGUGGAAAGUUGCUCAACUGAUAAUGUUAUCAUGUGGAAAGGAUUUUGCGGAGACGAUAGUUCAGAAAAAGAGGAGAGGAGCCAUUUCAACACUUUUCCGCCAACCAGAAUGAACAUAGAACCUUCUACCCAGAAAAUUAUGGCACAUCAAUUCAGAUCCUUGCCAAAGAAAGAUAACGUGUUGAAUUCAACCACGGAUACACAAUGCAAAUUUUCAAGUAACGGAGGAUUUUCGAAUAACAUUACAGCUUUGCUUACAUUCAAAACUUCUCAAGAUGGCUUCCGAUUGUUUAUUCAGACACCGAAAGAUACAAUAGAAACGUUCGUGAGAGUCAAUGAAAGUGAAAACCAAUCAGUAAUGCACAUGAUAACUCUGACAGAUUCAGUUGAAAGUGUAUAUUUAAAAGAAGAUAAUGUCAAUGACUGCAGCUUGAUAACCUACACGGCCGGUAUCUGUGGACCUCUAUUCACUCAAAACGACUAUGGUUACUUUUUUCUGGACCGGGGAGAAUAUGGCGACAAAGUGAAUGUCCCGUGUACUGUUAAUAGUGAUAAGAAAUCUUCUUGGGAAUGCAACGCCGGAACUUGGAGACAGUCUGAAUCAAGCGAACAGUGCCCCUUCUAUCAGUGUUAUAAUAGGGAAGGAAGACUUCACGAUUCUACCUACACAAACAAUUCGAGGAUUUUCCAGAUCUUGAAGGACGGUGCCGAUAUCGAAGGUAAUUGCUGCGGAAACGGAAAAUGGACGGCUCAGUGUUCUGAAGAUUACUCUAUCAACUACGAUAACUGCUCAGCUUUACUACCAUGUGAUAGUACAGAGAUAUUAGAAUUCGAAGUUAAAGAGCUUGAGGGAACUUCUAUUGGAUCUAUUGAAGUUUCAGAGUUUUUGUCUGCCAAAUCCCAGAUGGUUGUUAGUUGUGGAUACGGUAAUGGGUCUGUUACGAUCAAAUGUGAUGGAUGCACUGGUAAACGAUCAGUUGAAGAGAAUACGUGUACUCACCAGAUUUGUGUGACUGAGGGAAAGACCAAAACUUUGAACCUGACUUGGAAUAAGGAAGAUAAUAUUAAAUACUUUCCUACUGAUUACCCGUACACUUUAGAGGGACCCUUUGAAGUUGAUGAUAAUGUUUCUGUUCCUUGUCAAUAUGGAGGCGAAGUUAAACUCAGUUGCUCUGGAAGUAUUAUAGUCCGUGAUUAUGGCUCAUGUACUCCUGCCCCCAAGUGUAGCGCACAAGAAGUUCAACUUGGCCCUUUAAAAGGGAACGUCACCUUCGACCAAGUUUUUGCUGGAGAGACUCAAACCAGCCUUUGCCCUAUUAGUGAAGACAACGAAUCACAUGCGACAGUUAUUUGCAACUCUGAUGGUGAAUGGGGAGACAUUGAUCACAGUAGCUGUGGAACAGGACCCUGUAGCGAGACAACCUUUAGCAAGAAUGGCGUUAGAUUUGUUGUUAAAGAAACGGAUUUAGAUACAGUUUCAAGCUCCACAGAGUGUUACUUUGAAUCAUGCCUUGAUGGUGAGAAUUGUCCACUGCUGGAUAUGUGCUCUGAUGGAACUUGUGGUUCUAAGCGUUGUUCGUCUUCGCUAGGGGGGUAUAGUACAGACACAGACUACAGCACCUGCCGUUUCAACUGUACUUACGAAGAAAAAGGAAUGACUGAAGCUAAAACGAUUGAGCAUGGAACCUUUGGCUCAUUUAAAUGCAUAAGAAACAAUGGGGCAAUAGGGUUACGAUAUGUGGAUUGUAAAAAUGGAGAAGUAACGAAGAAGUCCUGCGGUUUGAUGACAUGUCCGUACACAGGUGGAUCAGGGUGUGUGGAAACAGACCCAGAAAUGUUAAAAGGAGCGAAUCCCAGUGAACUUGCUGCCGAUCUUGAUAGCUUUCUUGACAAUGUUGACUUAUCAUCUGCAAAAGCGAAAUCAGAUACUAAUAAUGUUGUUUCUGCUGUGAUGACGAACUCACCUGAUGGACCCAAGAGUCAAGAGGAAAAAGCCAACAUUGGGAAAGUUAUUGACAAAGUCGCAAUCAACUUGGCUAAAUCAGGGGGAAUGAUCGAAUCAGCAGGUGUUAAAAUGUAUGGAGUUACUGGGAGUGAUUUACUGAAAGGAGGCAGUAACUUCCUUACAGACAAUAAAAUCGAGGGGACUGGAUUUAACGGGAAUGUUGGGUUUUCCCUGUUUGAUGAUAUGGAGCUGUUCACACCAAAGAAUACAACGAAAGAGAAAAUGGUCGGCACAGCUGUUAAAAGCAUCACGACAGAGUUCAAAAGCGACAACAUUAAUGUCAAUUUGAGUUUCCCUCUGAAAAUUAAAUGUAAUACCAGUACAACACAAUGUCGUUAUUUGGACCCGUCAACGGGACAGUGGUUAACUGAGGGAGUUACAACAAUUUGUGAUGGAAGAAAGACGAUUUGUCAGUCCACGCAUCUCACCAGUUUUGCAGUUCUGGUUAGCUUGGAUCUUAUUGAAGACCCAGCACAGAGUAUAGCUACGAAAAUAAUGCUCACCAUAUCUGUUGCAUGUCUAUCUGCUACUGCUAUCGCCUUUAUUCCUUUCAGAAAACUUAGAAAUCGGGAUAUCAUCCGAAUUCACCUCUGCUUAAUAUUUUCAUCUAUCAUUGCGAAUCUGGCAUUCCUGUCAUUGGAGACCACUAUUGGGAGCGUCACUGGAUGUUACAUUUCUACAUUUGUCACCCACUUUGCGUGGCUGUCAGUGUUUGGCUGGAUGAUGGCCGAAGGUGUGACCAUGUAUAGACAAACAGUUCAAGCUUUAAAAUCAUACGGCAAGAAGAUAGAUUACUACACAACUAAAUGUGCUAUCAUUGUACAUACUGUUGCUCUAAUUCCACCGAUCAUUGGCGUAGUCCUCCACUUCAAAAUGCCAGACAUCCAAUUCCAAUAUAUCCGAGGAGGGUUUGAGUUUGACAAUGUCUGCUUCCUAGACACACCCAACACUCUUAUGUACCUUUUCCUUGGACCGCUCUAUGUGGUGGUGUGUUUUUCUCUAUUCUUCUUCGUCAGAGUGACACUAGUGGUGGUGAAGUCGAAGAGACAAAGCACCAGCAAGUCUCAAGAUCAAACUAGCUUCUGGAAGAAACAAGCGAAAGCAGUUGGCUCGAUAGCCACAGCGACGGGUAUCGCCUGGGUGGUGGCACCCUUUGUUAUCUUGGACACCACAGGUGGACACUACAGCACGAUAUUACAAUGGGUCUUCAACAUAGUUCUCGGGAUGCAGGGAGCAAUCACCUUCCUUGUUCUUGUAGUUCUUUCUGAUGAAGUUAAGAAUUGCUGGCGGGCUGCAUACAAGGGAUCCCAGAUGGAGAAGAUGGGGGAUGCCUUUGCUUCCAUGGGACAUGGGCUUGGGGAGCUUCAUAUGCGAAAAACAACGAUACAAUACCGAAUCGAUCCGCAAGAAAUACUUGCUAAACUCAACUUUAGACAGGUAAUAGCUCCACGACAGCGACAGUCACAACCACAAUGUCAAACUAUAAGUGCAUCUAGCAGCAAUUCUGGUAACACUAACAGCGUUUCAACGGUGAAGAGCAAGAGGGCAAAGCACCAUGACAACACCCGUUGUAACAGAAAGUCUCAAGAGCCCGGCACUACCAUCUUCGAACAUACUAAGUCAUCCCACUUCUUGAGCAUCAUCGGACGAUCUCAUUUCCACAACAUUUUCUCCAAAGCACAAUCCCAUGGUUCACUGGUGGACGAAUCAACACAUUCUAGUGGACACCACAGUAAUCACCAUAACCGAGCAAACACCCCAAACGAUGUGUUCAGUCCAGUUGAGGAAGUCAGUGAUAUAUUCAAUCAAGGUAGUGACUCGUGGGUGAAAUUUGUAGAGAAAGCGGAGGGAGGGAUGGUUCCCUCGGAAGCAGGCAUAUCUAUUGUAGUCCCGCGGAGGAGAACGGAUAUUGCUUCUGACUCUGGUUUCCAUGGAGAUGAAGACAUGAGCACUAGUUGUUGAGUUUUCCCUUUUAGUUAUUGUCAGUUUUGCAACCGUGCUGAAUGUUUUGUGGAUUAAUUUUUUGAUGAAUUAACAAUCGAGUGGUUAGUCAGCUUUUUUUGAGUGCUCUACUUUGAAGGCAAAGCUUAUUUUGAAUUAAAAAAAAAAAAACCUGAUCAAGAGAAACGUGUAAGCGAACGAAUUUUUCUUAUUACGUGUGAUUUUUGGCACUUUCAAUCUUGAUUUAUUGAUUUCCGUAAACAUUUUUGAUUUCUACUAUUCUU